CAAAUUUUCUAUAUAUUAAUUAAAAGGGGGAAAAAAGAAAAAAGAGCAUGCAAUUGCCGGUGAAUAUUUGCCGGUACCUCUACCGUCUUGUGACUGCUUCCUCUUCAUCUCCUCAUAUGAGAUCGAAUCAGGUUCUCAUGGUUGCAAAAUAACUGCAAUUUGUUUAAUUGAUUACCAUUAAGCGUGCCAAAUUUUAAGUCUGAGCUACUUAUGUUAUCCAAAAAUUGUCAUUAUUGCCUGCGAUCAGUGAUGAUCAUUUAGUUCUUAUGAAAAUUUGGAAGUUUGGUUUUGGUGGAAAUUUUGUUUUUGUUACCGAUGGCUGUGAGCUACUUGGCAAUCUCAGCAAUGUCCACGGCUUUAAGCUUCAUAGGUCUUCAAGUUUGGGCGGAAUUUUCACUCGAUAAACUUCAGAAUGAUGGGUUAAUUAGCGAGAAUUUUAUUCAUACGGAAAAUGUUGACCGUGCACUUGAGCUCCUUUUAGGUUCUUAUACCUCCUUGGCUCUGCUGGCAAAUUUUGUGCUCAAUGUAUUUAUUCUAAUCAUCCUCUCUCUAAAGACUGUAUUUUUUGGCAAGCUAUACCCCUUAGAAACUCGGAAAUUAGUAGAGCGCCUUAUCAAUUAUGUUAUCUACAAGGGGACCUUUCUACCAUUAGUAAUUCCACCAACAGUAUACCAAGCAUGUCUUUGGUCAAUUUGGUUGACUGUUAUAUGUUGUCUAAAGAUGUUUCAAGCGUUGGCCCGGGAUAGAUUUGAACGCUUGAAUGCUUCUCCUUCUGCUACACCUUGGGCAUAUUUUCGAGUCUUUUCUGUGUUUCUUUUUGCCCUCUCUUUCAAUUUAUUCUGGAUUUGGCUGAGCUUUAUGCUGUACAAAACAGUAAAUUCAUCCAUGUUCUUGCUGUUGUUUUUUGAGCCUCUGAGUAUUGCUUUUGAGACCAUGCAGGCUAUACUGGUUCAUGGGUUUCAGCUGCUUGAAAUAUUACUCCAUUCACUAGGGAACAGUGCUGAUUGCCAAAGAGCAAAACUUUUUGAUUUAUCAGCUGCAGGUUCAUUUUGGGAAUGGAAGGGCAUUCUUAUUUGGAAUCUAGGUUUCCUCCUUGACAUGGCAACACUGUCGAUGGCACUCGGACACUAUGUUCUUAUAUGGUGGCUCCAUGGCAUGGCAUUCCAUCUUGUGGAUGCAGUUCUUUUCUUGAAUAUACGUGCUUUGCUAAGUGCAAUUGUGAAACGUAUAAAGGGAUUUAUUAAAUUGAGAAUGGCAUUUGGGGCUCUUCAUGGAGCACUCCCUGAUGCGACAUCUGAAGAGAUACGAGCAUAUGAUGAUGAAUGUGCCAUAUGUCGGGAACCUAUGGCCAAGGCUAAAAAGCUUCACUGUAAUCACCUUUUUCAUCUUGCAUGCUUGAGAUCCUGGUUGGACCAAGGCUUAAAUGAAGUUUACUCUUGUCCCACAUGUAGAAAGCCACUUUUCCUGGGAAGAAGAGAAAAUGAAGCAAAUUCUCACACCGCAGAAACUUUAAGUGAUGAGCAGUUGGCCCGUCAGAUAAAUUCUGAACUAAAUCGGCCAAAUAUGCCUGGUCACAGCCUGCCUACAGGAGUAUUCCCAAAUCAAAUGCAGAAUACUGCAGAAGGUGGCCCUGGGAGGGGUGCAGGACUGGAUUCUGAAUGGUUGCAUUCUUGGCCAAACCAGAAUGUUGAUGGAGCUGGUCCUUCUACCGAUAGUAGAUCAGUUGGACUCGGGAGAGUUCAUAUGAUGAUGAGGCAUCUUGCAUCUGUUGGAGAAACUUAUGCCCAGACUGCUCUAGAAGAUACUGCUUGGAGCCUUUGGCCCAUGAACCCAUCUCAGGCUGCUGCAUCUGCUUCAUCUGCUCCUCCAAACAUUGGUGGAAGAUAUCCUGCAAAUACUGGUAGUUUACAUAUUAGGACUGCUGCACGCACAGCAAGCGACGGUGUAGCAACUAUACUUGCCAUGGCGGAGACCGUACGGGAGGUUUUGCCACAUGUCCCAGAUGAGCUUAUUUUUCAGGACUUGCAGAGAACAAAUUCUGUUACGGUUACUGUGAAUAAUCUUCUCCAAAUGUGAUAUCUGAAGGGUAGGUAAAAGUCUUCCUACAGAUUUAUUGGAGACGGAUGGUUCCAUGUGUGUAUAUAAAGAGGGGGGGGGGGGGAAAGGGGUUUGGUGAUGUUAUUAUGGUAAAAGAUAUGUGAUAGUUAAAGUUAUUGGCGUGAAAAAUGAAGAUGCUAAGUUAACUAUUGGUGCACUUGGGGGAAUUGAUCCCACCAAUUGGGAAAGUGUUGAUCCAUUCCAUGGUGGGACUUUGAAAUUCUCAAUUAUUUUUUUGGUAGUAUUAUGUAACUAUUAACUCUUUAAAAAAA